AUGGCACCGGAUCUCAAUACACUAGAAAGCGGCAAGCGGUGGGACUAUUCUACCCCAGGAUCUGGCGGCUAUGACAUCCCAGACAUCGUCUACGAUGAUCCUUCAUCUCGAAAACUCAAGAUCUUGACCAUCGGGGCUGGCUUGUCGGGUAUUCAGAUGGCAUACCAGAUUCAGAAGAACACACAGAACGUCGAGCAUGUUAUCUAUGAGAAGAAUGCCAACCUAGGAGGCACAUGGCUCGAAAACAGAUACCCAGGAUGUGCUUGCGACAUCCCGUCGCAUGCCUACACUCUCAACUUUGCUCUCAACCCAGACUGGCCUCGUUUCUUUUCGUAUGCUCCCGACAUACAAAAGUAUCUCGAAAAGGUCUGCGAUGUGUUCGAUUUGCGCAAGUAUAUGACAUUCAAUACCGAAGCUAUCAGAGCCGAGUGGCAAGACGACGUGGGUAAGUGGAAGGUCACCCUCUGCCAAAAGACCUCAUCUGGUGAAGAAAGAGAGUUCCAAGAGGAAUGCGAUCUUCUUCUCUACGCUUCAGGUAUUCUGAAUAACUACAAAUGGCCUGGCAUCAAAGGUAUGAACAGUUUCAAAGGUCGCAUCGUUCACACAGCAACAUGGCCGAAGGAUUACCAAAGCGAGCAAUGGAAGAACGACCGUGUAGCUGUUAUCGGAUCUGGCGCUUCUUCCAUUCAAACCGUGCCCAACAUGCAGCCGCACGUAAAGCACAUGGAUAUCUUUGUUCGAACCGGGGUGUGGUUCGUCCAGAUUGCGAACAACUUUGGCCAGAACAAGGAGUACUCGCAAGAAGAACGCGAUGAGUUCCGGAAGGACCCGAGGAAGCUAGUCGCACAUGCUAAAGAUAUUGAGAACCAGGUCAACGGACUUUGGGGAGCGUUCUAUGCUGGAAGUGAAUCGCAAAAGGGUGCACAAGCCCUGUUUAGAGAAAGAAUGAAGGAGUUCCUCAAGGAUGAGCGACUCUUGAAAGGCUUCACCCCGAAGUUUGAAGUUGGCUGCCGUCGUAUAACCCCAGGCGACCCGUACAUGAAGGCUGUCCAGGAGCCAAACGUCAACGUUCACUUCACAGCCGUCAACGAGAUCACUGAAAAGGGCGUUGUUGGUGCAGACGGCAUCGAGCGCGAAGUUGACACCAUCGUUUGCGCGACCGGAUUCGACGUAACGUAUCGCCCCCGCUUCCCCAUCAUCGGUAAAAAUGGCGUAGACCUCUACGAAAAGUGGAAGAACGAACCUGAAGGCUACCUUGGUCUCGCAUGUCCUGAUAUGCCGAAUUGGCUGAUGUUCAUCGGACCAACCUGGCCUGUAGAAAACGGUUCAGUCACCGGUCCACUGCUGGCAGUCGCCGAAUAUACAAUUCAAAUCAUCAAGAAGAUGCAACGCGACCAUAUCAAAUCCUGGGUUCCGCGACAAGACAUCACAGAUCAGUUCAACGAACAUGCGCAAGAGUGGAUCAAGCACACCGUCUGGAAAGAUGAUUGUAGAUCCUGGUAUAAGAACAAUGACACCGGACGCGUUAAUGCUGUCUGGCCAGGCUCAUCAAAUCAAUAUGCCGAAGUUAUCGAGACUCCGCGAUACGAGGACUUUGAUAUUGAGUACCUGCAUAAGAACCCUUGGGCGCAUCUGGGUAUGGGAUAUGCGAAGCGUAACAAGCAGUUUCCAGAGGCUGAUGUCAGCCCAUACCUGCAACUGGAGAACAUUGAUCCGGAAUGGCUGAAGGCUAUUGGGUACGACGGACCGGCGGGUGAGGUGCAGAAGGCGAGAGAGCAGAAGGAGGAAGUGGAGGUGAAGAGAUUGGGAGCGGAUGCAGGGCUUGGUCAUGUUGAUGGGAAUACAUUGACACAGUAG